AUGGGUAUCAAAAAGAUGUUUAUGAAGAAAGAUCCUACGGAGCAGGAAAUCCGUGAGGACUUGAAUAGGGUCGGUAUAACUACAAAAUCGGGAAACACAAGAGAAGAAAAGUUUGGAGCAUUCAAGAACUACGCUCAAGAAAGGGCACAAAUGAGGCCCGCUAUGGCACCAAGUAAUCCCUACGCAAAAUUGCAGAAUAACGAUCCUGCUCAGAAUCCAUAUGCUAAUAAUGGAAACAACUCGUCCGGCGCAUCCGUUCAAAGCAAACAGGCAAAUAGUGGUGGACGUUCAUCAUCUCCGUAUCAAAGUCAAACCCGUGUUGGCGCUGAUUCCAAUCCGUAUGGAAGUUCGACCCGUAAUGGACAGUCUCCAGCUUCAGAUCCGUAUUCCGCACCAAGUAGACGACAAGCACCACAAACUGAUGGACAAGAUCCUUAUAGUCGACCAACAUCAAGGCGGCCUGCAACAGCUUCGCAACGAGGUCAAGCUAGUGCAGUGGGUGGAGACACUUCAACUAGGGUGAGUAGGAUGUCUACUAGACAAUCAGCUGCUGAUACUGAGUCACUCGAUUUAAAUGCAAUUUCAUCACAUCAAAUGUUUCAAAAUAAUAAACCGAUCAAAAAACAAGCGUUUGAUUCGGAGGAGUUAGAUUUGAAUGAGGAAUUCAACGAGGAGGGGGAUUUAGAUUUGAAUUUGGAUAUUCCGGAAGAGGAGCAAGUAAAUUCAGAAGAUGAGGAGGUUGAAGCUAUCAAGCAAGAUAUUAGAUUUGUUAAACAAGAGUCUGUUCAAUCGACGAGAAAUACGCUUCGAAUGGCCCAGGAAGCUGAUGCGUCAGGUACAAACACUUUGGGAAUGUUGGGGUCACAAUCGGAGAGAUUGUACAAUGCAGAACAGAAUUUGUUGUUGGCAGAUACUCAAACGCAGAUUGCUGAUGAAAAGGUUAAAGAAUUGAGACGAUUGAAUCGUUCUAUAUUCAUUCCAGCAUAUGGUAAUCCAUUCAAUAAAAAGUCAAGAUUACGUCAACAAGAAGAAAACAUCAAGAAUCGUAAGAUGCAAGAAAAGUAUCUUCGUGAAACUAAUCGUCAAAAUAUGUAUGAAAGUGAACAACGAUUGAAACAAGGUAUAAUGAAUAAUGCUACUGAUAAUGAUGUUCAUCACAAGUAUCAGAAUGAAAAGUAUCUACAACAAGCACAAAGAUAUCAAUUUGAAAAUGAUUCUGAAGAUGAUGAAGUUGAAAAGGAAAUUGCUGGUAAUUUAGAUCAAAUCGGGUCAUAUGCAAAGAAAUUGCAUGGUAUUGCAAAUACAAUGGGUAAGGAGGUUGAUAGUCAAAAUGUCAGAUUAAGAAAGAUCGAAGAAGAUGCUGAUAAAUUGGAUAUCAAUGUGCACAUGAAUAGUACUAGAUUGAGUAAUAUUCGUUAA